AUGAAGCAUAAAACCGUGGUAUUGAAGAAGGGCGCACAAUUGCGCUUGCGCGAACUUCAAUUCAGAAGUCAUCCUUUUGCAGUAUUUCUUUCUACAGACUAUACUGUCAAUCUUAUGCUCAAGGUUCUCUCUUUGUCGUGUGUACUCUUAAUGUAUCUGAUUGAAUAUAAUGCUUGCCUAUUUAACUAUCAUAAUAUGAAAAGGUCAUUGGAACAACUUCAGGAUGUUUGUAACGAGCUUCAAGACGAAAUUGAAAUUGAGAUUAUGAGGAAGUAUGGAGAAAACGGUAGACGUUACUCACUUAAACUUCUACUAUUUCAACUUUUCAAUAUGUUUUCUAUUUCUUCAUUACCAUUUAUGCUGUACAUUUUUGAUGUUGUUCUGUUCACGAAUGAGUAUCAUCCAAGUAGUGUGAUACGGAUGCUAUUACCUAAAUAUCUCGUCGGCCGAGAGAAUUAUUACUAUCUAGUUUUGCUAUAUAUGCUCCUAGCAAGUGGCAUUGGAGGGACAGCAGCGAUAGCAACAGGAAUGUUGUGGAUAGUAUAUCUCAAACAUAUUUGUGGAAUGUUGAGAAUUGCCAGUUAUCGUAUUGAAAAGGCAAUGGCGAUAAAUACGUUGAAUAAUGCUAGCUUGAAGAAUGAGAGUAUAAUAUGUAAGGAAAUAAUUCAAGCCGUUGAUAUUCAUCAGAAAGCUGUCAAGUCCAUGAUGAGUUUCUCGUCCAGUUUCGGACAGUCGCGUUUUGUCUUACUAGUACUUUCUGUAAUUGCUUUGAGCAUCAAUCUUUACGAAAUUUCAGAAGCUAUGUUGCUUGAAGACAGCACUCAAGAUUUGUUCAUGCACUCUGUAAUUGUAUUCGCCAUUUUUAUUUUUUUGUUUUUAUCAAACUAUGCUGGGCAAGAUUUUACGGAUCACAAUAACCACAUAUUUUCCACCGUGUAA